UGAAGACUGAACUUUUUUAGGCGGCAAUUAUGUGCCAUGUUUGAGUGAGUUGAGAAAGUUGGAUGGGGUGCCAGACAGCAUUCUAUUUAACUAUGAACUUUCUCUGACAAUAAUGUUUAAAAAUUACUGGACAUAGGACUUCUUUAGUGCAUCCUUGUUUCCCAGUGAAAGCUUUUUCUACAACAUUAUUGAAGACCGAUGAAUGAUUUAAGCUGCAACAGUAUUUGUCAGCUAUUGUGUUGUCCUCCAUUACCAUCUAAAAUUGCAGCUAAGUUGGCAUUUAUGCCUCCACCUCCCAGUUAUAAACUGAUGGAGCAUGCUGAAGGAGGGCAUACUACAUACAGCUUUACUCUGGCUUCAUACUUGAAGGAUUCAUUUAUCCAUUUUGUCCCAGAAAACAUGGAAUCAAUGAAGGCUACAACAAAAAGAGGCAAUAAUAUUGCGAUUCUUUAUAUGCCUAUCAAUUCGUCAUCUAAGCUAACUUUCUUGUUAAGCCAUGGGAAUGCUGUGGACUUGGGUCUGAUGCUUCACUUCAUGUAUGAACUGGGGAGCAAGUUAAACGUUAACAUCAUGUGUUACGAUUAUUCAGGCUAUGGAGUGUCUUCUGGAAAGCCUUUGGAAAAAAACCUUUAUGCUGAUGCUGAGUGUGCACUAAAUGUUUUAAGAACGAAGUAUUCUAUCCCUUUAAACCAAAUUGUUUUGUACGGUCAGAGCAUUGGAACUGUACCGACAAUACAUUUGGCUACUCUUCAUCGAGUUGCUGCUGUCGUACUACAUUCGCCACUGAUGUCCGGGUUAAGGGUAGCUUUCCCGAGGCUGAAGCGCAAUUACUGUUGUGAUGUCUUCUCUAAUCUUGCACGCACACCGAAAAUUAUCUCACCUACAUUAGUAAUUCAUGGGACGCGUGAUGAGGUUGUGAACGUUACUCAUGGUUACCGUAUAUGCUCUGCUGUAGCAGGUCAUCUAUUGUUGGAUCCUCUUUUCAUUGAUGGAGCCGGACAUAAUGACUGCGAACUUUUCCCUCAGUAUCUUUUGCGCUUAACUAAGUUGGUUACUGUGGAAUUACCUCGAUUACUGUCGAAUCCUAAUUCACAAAAUGUUACUGAAGUGGAAGAUAUGGAAGUAGAGUCGUCUAAACUACUGGAAAAAGGAACAGUUAAAGAGGAUAGUCAGGCAGAUUUAUCUAGUUCUAACUCUGUACCGGUUUCGUUAAAUUCUCAUGGGUAUUUUAGUAUGAAUGGCAACACAGUAGGAGGAGAGGAAGACAAAUCAACAAAGGUUUUUUUCCCCCAGCCGUCUUGGAAUGUAACCUCAGACUCAAUAUCUAGCAGGCUCAGUGUAAGUAACGUCUGCGAACAGAUACCACCUGAUGAGAUCGUUCAUCCUCCUCAACGAACCAGUCCAACACCAUCAUUAUCAUCUCAAAAAUGCUUUAAGUCCGUUGAUGAUACUAGCGCCUGUCUGAUUGGUGUUAGUAGACGCCUCAACGAUUCUGAUGUGCAAAAAGGAAGCCAGAUUGUUGUGGAAAAAUGCAUGGACCAGAAUGAAGCUGUAGUUUCCCAGUUUUCGGUAGUAACACCUGAUUGUCUGUCUAGCAUUUCACUUGAUGAUUUGCAUUCGCUUCCAUCUGACAUUUGUGACCUUACUCUUCCUCCACCUCCUCCACCACCUACAAAUGGUGAUUCAGAUUUUUUCCAAUCAUCUAAAUUAUUAUGGUCUUUACAUACUCAGAAGAACGGAAAAAUAAAUACUUUGCCUCGGAAGUUAACAUCAAAGUUUUUGGAAACUGAGAUUGAUCAAGGUCAUUCACAAAUGCCAAAAAAGGUAUGGACUUUACCACGCGAAUUUUCCUCUGAAAAAAUAACACAAAUUCUUAACAAAAAACUUCUGAAAAAUAUGGUGGAUAAAUUUGAAUCCACAUCAACAUCUGAUAUUUCUGAUCCAGUGCUAACUGAACAGUGUUCUGCAAGAGAUUCACAUGAAUGUAGAUCCACAAUAACCUCAAAAUUUUCUAACUCUGUGACACUUACGUAGGAUCGAUCACUAUAUUUCAAUGUAUUUAACUGUUAUUCGUUUCUGUUGGGUUCCAUUUUUGUGAAUUUACUGAAGUGGCAUCGCAUUUGUGCUUUCGUUUUGUUUCCAAAGUCAUAAUACCGGUAAUUUGUAACACAUGGUUUGAAUGUAUUUAUUAUUAUUACUUCCCAUGUAGUAUGCUGAUGUAUUCUUCUUGUUUAUGUUCUACUGAAUUCUCUUUAUCAUCUUUAGGUUACUUAUAUUAUGAGCUUGUAAAAUUGCCAUGUAUCAAAUUUAAAAAAAAAACAAUUUCAUAUACUUUAUUUCAAAUUAAAAAGUUUUUAUAUCUUUCACAAUCGUUAAAUGGAUAAAACAACUAAUGUGAAUAUUUUUUAUGUAUAUAAUCAAUUAUUUAAUUUAUUCAGAAUUGCUAACAAUAGGUAAAAGAAAAUUGAUGUAUUCUCAAUGUUAUCACUUCGAUUUAACGAAUAAUAAUUGUCAUAUGCCCAAUUUUAAAGAAUAUCUCAAUGCUUCUAUAAGUAUUGCUUAUAAAUUACUGAUUUUAUUUAACAAAAUAUAUCUGUAAGCUCACGUUAUUCUUGUUAUUUCACUAUUUUAUUUAUAACACUAUCGUUUUUGCAUGAUUCCUUGUUCCGUUCUCAAGACGUAUUAUAAUAACAUAUGGAACUAUUCUCAUAAGAAAUUGACUUCAUGUAUUCGAGGUAAACUUACGAUAAGUCAGUGACUUGAAAGAGUUCAAUUAUUCAGCUUUUUAAUGAGCAAGUAUUGACAUUACGGUUGUUAUGUAUUAUUCGAAUAGCUACAAUACUACCAUGGUGGUAUUCAUUUUUUAAAAAGUAAGCUUCAAUUUGCUCAUCACUAUUGUGUGAUGUGUAUUUUAUUUUGACCAUAGUGUUAGGUAAUGUUCAUUUAAUGAUAAUUCACUGGAAGUACUUGGUUUUAUUUAAUUUCAUCUUGACUUAUGUCAUCCACCAGACGACUCUCCUUUUUCUCAACUACUGUUAUUUCGUACGUUAUAUUUAAAAAUAAGUAAAACUAAAUAUUGAUCAUAUCCUUGAAUUUAUUUGAUGAUUAGCUAUGUACGUGCUCCUCGGAUCAUUUCACCAACAUUGAUUAUUCAUGGCACUGAAGAUGAAAUAAUCGAUCGAGUCCAUGCCCAGCAGUUGUACGAACGUAUUCCUAAUACUUUGGAACCACUGUUUAUUCGUGGAGCUGGUCAUAAUGAUUGUGAACUGUAUGAAGAAUAUCUUAUCCGUUUAGAAUACUUAGUUCAUGUUGAAGUGGAUGGCCCCGGUGUACUAAAUCUUUCCCAAGAAUCGAAUUCAAAUAAUAGGAAUAUACGGUUCAGUAAUGGACUAUUAAAAUAUUUUUGCCGGAAUCGCAAAUCUGAAAAUAAUUCGAAACAAAUCUCAUCAAUCCAAAUUUCAAGGAAAUCCAAAUCACCAAAAGACGAAUCACACAAACAGUCUGAUGUAUGUAUACCUGAUGCAUCUAAUCAUUGUCAUGAGAAAACACUGGCUUCAAUCACUCCUAUGUGGAUGCGAAAACGAGGACUUCAUGGUUCAUAUAGAUAUGUCAGCAACUCUAGAACUGAUAAGCGUAGAUGUAAACGAAUUCAUUCCUUAUCCGUUAACCCACCGAGUAAGCCAUCUGAUCAGUUUGAGGCUAGUGUAAUUCCAGAAAGAACUGAUAUCAAGCUGGAGUAUGUGGAUCAUGGUGGUUCACUCAACGAGUUGGAUAAUAAGACAUCGAAACUAAUAACGAAUAUAUAAAAUAGUAGCUGCUAUGUUCGUCUCUCGAGAUUCUUUUUUUUCCCAAGAGAAACUAUUUGAAAUGUCUUCCGGUCUCACUGAUUCGAAAAUGUAAUAUUGUAAUAGGUAAAAACUUUUCCACUGAAUCUGUAGGAUUUUCCUUAAAAAAAGCUCAGCGAUUACCUACCGCUACAUCUUAAGUGUACAUAAUUUUGCUUUUGACGUUAGAUUUUGUUUUAAUGUUUCCUAUUUCAUAAUGAAAUGGCAUUAUUUUCAUAAUUGUAUAUACAUAUUCAAUAGUGUGAAUUUCUAUAAAUAUGCGUUUAAUACUAUUAGAUUGUUUCAGUUAAUUAAAGUUGUAUCAAAGUACAUGACAAUUUAAUUUUAUGAAAGUAGUAUUUACUUACUGCUUUUCAUUCAGCUUAUUUUCAAAAAUAACAGUUUACGAGAAGUUUCCUGAUUAGUAUUUUUUGUCUUCUUUCAUACAUCCCACUAACUUCGUUAUGUUCGUCACACAAGUCAUACAAUGCUCGUACACCUUCAUCCAGAAUCUUAGAUGAAUCUUCACAAGCAUCUUUUGUUGUUUUAAACUCAACGCAAGUGAUUAUACGAGUAAAUAUACUCACAACACAUUAAAAGUGGUAGUUCUCAACAUAUGGAUAACCAUGAGGCUGAUGGUUAACUAGGUAACUGAUUGUAAUUUAUGAUGGAUAAAGUAUGUCGCAACGAUUAAUAAGUCUAAAGAUAGCUUACAAGCAGAAUUGCAUAAUAAUAUGAUAAGAAGAUUGUUUGAUUAAUGUUCAUUAGGAAUAUACAAGCUAAUGAUGCAGUAAAUGGCUACCUAUCUUUUCUCUCUUACUCUUUAAAAUAGUAAGUUAACAUUACUUUCUGAAGUAUCUGUUUCUUUUAGUUUCUUCUCAUGUACUUCAUGUUAGAGUAAACUAACAGACCAGAUUGUAUCUAAAUGAAAGUCUCUUAUCCUAAAUGCUGCAGUUCAAGUAAUUGAUAAUAUUGUUUAUUCACUUAUAUGCGUUAUAUUUUUAUGAACCUGAAGCCAAUCUUUUCCUACAAAGUUGAGAAAUAUCCUUCAACUUGGGAUCACCACCAACACUUGGUAGUCAGAACAAUAAGAUCUGUUAGUUCUCUCUAGGUGUAUUCUGAUGUUUUGUUUUCAAAAAUCAUCGAUCAGCGCACUAAAACUGCAUGUCCUAGGUACAGGUUAGCGGUAUGAAAGGAUUAUACUAGAUGUGAAACCUAAUUUUUUGUAAUCGGAGGUGGUUAUGUUGUCUUGUGAUAUUCUCAUAUUUCUUCACUAAUCGUUAUCACGGAACUCAUAAAAUGCAGUUUCAUACAAUUCAUAUAAGUUACCUUAUUAAUGGUGUGCAUAUGUACGACACUUGGUUUUCACACUAAACGGCCUUCAAAAUAUUGUCUUGUUUCUUAAGUGUUCUUUGCAAGGUUUCAUUGAUUUUGUCUCAUAAAAGAAAAUUCAGAUCAUGUCGGACAUAUGAAUAGUAUUAUUUAGGAAAAAAUGUAAUUAUCAAUGGUAAGCUAAUACUAAUGAAUCAUUGACCGUUAACUUUGUGGCGAUGGAGAUGAGUGACUGGAUCUGCUCUACAAUGGGUCAUUUCAGUCAACCAUGGAUAAACGUCACUUAUGUAACUACUGGAAAGUAAUUUAUUGCCUUGUGUAAUUUUCCCUAGAAAGUAUUUUUCUGAUAUGAAUUUAAACAACAAAUCUAUUGGAAAACAACAAUGUUCUCUUUACUUAGUGUUACUCUCAUCACUACUGCUAAUAAUCCUAUUUGGUUUACUCUCAUUUAUUUGUCAAGUUUAUUAGGAAUGUAAGUACCAUUGUUUAUCCAUCCAGAUAUUCGUUUGUCAGUAUAGUUAUUUCCCAUCUAUAUUGCGACAGUGAGUUUUACUUAGCCUUGGUAGCUAGAUAUGUAAUAAAUUGCGGCAGUACCGAAGAAUGCAAGUUUUGAUGGAACCAGCUUAUUGUUUUCUGUCAGGCUAUCCUCGUAAUGUAUAUCUCAAGCGGUGGAUUUUAUUAUCUCAUUUUGGCAUUGGGACUAAUCGUUCACUAUAAUUCAAUACAUAUACCAGGAAUCCUGCACAAAUGAAGAUAUUUCAAUGGGUUAUAGAUUUUGUAAUUCCAAGUUAAACUUGUUGUACUGCCAAUGUACUUCUAUUUUGGACAAAGUCCAUACGGUUAACUGCGUCAUUCAGGGUAGAAAAAAUGUAAACAGAUGACUGUCGUAAAUUUAUUUUACAUUGUAGAACAAAGUACAUUAGAAGUUGGACAUUAUGUUAGUGAACGGAGUUUACAUAUGGUGUCAGUAAUUUAUAGUAUUUACAGCACACUUAACAUGCAAAAAGAAUAUCAAUCCAGAUAUCUGGCAGUCCUCUACUCAUUGUAAAAUAUUCGAUGGUGUUCUAUUCCUGAUACCAUUGAGUUAUUCAUGUCACUGUGGCGUCUAUUCGAAUUGACGAGGAGCAUCAGCUUCUUUAAUAUUUCAGAUACACCUUACUGAUGAGUGCCAACCACUAAUAACUUUCAAGUCUCUCGGUCUAGUAAUGGUAAGACAAAGUGGUUGAUAAAAUUUGAUUAGGAUUUUGAAACCAUGGGUGUUACUUUGAAUACGAAUUAUUACCCUAUUAUUGUGAGUAAAUUAUUCUACAGUAAUAACUGUUAACUUUCUAAUUUUAAUGCAAUUAUCAUGAGACAGUAGAGACGUUUAUCACAUUACCCACAACAAUGCACUGUAGAAGAUAUUUCUAAUUGCUAUAAAAGCUGUAAGUUUAAACGAAAUGGAACAAGAAGAGAUGUAACCUUUAAUAGUUCGUUAACACUGUUGGUUGGGUUUUCAUUAGGCCAUGCAUUCAAAAUCCCUAUAUUUCGUUCUUGUUCAUUAAACGAAGUUUAACACUGAUAAAAUAACUAACUCAUCGUUUGUUUAAUGAAAAUAUAAUAGUCUUAAAUCGGAAAAUGCAUAUAUUAUUGGUUUAUUAAACACAACAUGUUUUGAAGUGCUGUUAGUAUAUAACGUAAUACGCUAACUAGUAAUUCACAGAGUUACUCAGUACCUAAUCUAUUGGUCGGGACUGGACCAAAACUGAAGACAGAACUAAGUGAACUAGCUCGAAUAUAUUGCAUAUUGAGAUUAGAGCCAAGCGCGUAACCAUAUAAACGAUCAUAAGUAAAUAAUAGGGAUAUUACAGAUUAUUGGUCUGUUACAACAAAUCGGAAAGUGUUAUAAAAUGUUUUUUAAUAUUCUAAAUAGUUGGAAGAUAAGUACCUAGGAGAUUCAAGAUUCAGGUUUCUAAUAAUUUGUAUAAUGUCAAAUUUCAGGGUUAACAUCACAGGUUAUGGAUUCGGUAUGUUAUUAAUAGUUAGACGAUCAGGUAGAGAUUUGAAAUCAUACCAGAUAUAGAUCUUAGAUUCAGAUUGUCAUAAAAUGAGCUUGAGAGUAUUCAAAUACAUGGAUGAUAGAAACAGGUAAUAAUACUGAUUUUAUACUUUGCCUCACGAAACUUUUAUUGUCAAUAUUUUAAAUCUAGUGUUUUCAGUAAGCUAUACUUCAUUUUCAGUCCUAUUGCUAAAUGUUAGACAUCCAAUUAUGCCAGUAUUUUCUGAUUCUUAUAUGAAUUAGAGGUUAAUCACUUUUGUCGGUUUAUUAUCUGUAGAAACUGAAUAGAACUACUGAGAAUUGUUGAGAUUUAUGUUACAAUUGAGAAAUUCUAUGUGUCUCUGUAGUCAAUCUUCUGAAGUGAUGUUAAAUGAUUGGUCGACGAUUAUAUGUAAAAUCAAAUUAUUAACAACUUCUGAAUGGAUAGAUAUCGUCAGAAAAUGUAGUCUUUUUAUGCCGAGUAAAGUGUAGUGCUUGUGUAUAAAAUACUAAGCAGUACAAAAAUGAAUAUUAUGCAUUUAGAGUAUGGCCUAUCUGUAUAUAGUGUUAUUUUUUAAACUUACCAUCAAAUAUAUCACUUCAGAUAUUCGUGAAUUUUCUGUCGUUUUUGACAGUUUUAAGAAAAUCAAUUGAUUUAUGAAAUCACUAACCAUCAAUUAUCUGUGAGUAAAAUAUUCACAUAACCGGCAACUUAAUGUGAGUGCUUGCUAUUGUUGACGUAAUAUCUCACUUCAUAUCCUAAAUGACAUUCUUUUUCGAGGUUUACUCAUCUUACUCUGUUAGUUUAUUCAACUUUAUUGUCGUUAUUACAUAACCUUGACAUUGAAUUUUAUUCUUGAGAAAUGUGUU